UUUUUUUCUUUCUUUUUUUUUUUUUUUUUUAUACGCAUAUCCAUCGAAAUUUUCCACAAUUUUGUUCAAUUUAGCGAAGCAUAAUAAUCUCGAUUCGAAGUUUAUCGCUGAAUUUUCCACGAUUUCUAUUACUUUUUUUUUCUUUCUUUCUUUCUUUCUUUUUUUUUUACUUCAAAACUUAUCAUCGCUGACGCGACGGUUUUUCACUCGUGCAAAACAACACGGAUAAUGGACGUAACGUAUCGCACUGCCUCGAGGAAGAUUCGAGACGUGAAAAAAAAAAAAAAGAAAAAGAAAAAAAGAAACCUCGUGGCUUUUUACUCGGUGGCGAAAUUAUAACCGCGUACGAAGUAUUUAUAACGAGGCAAAGGGAGACGUGGGCGCAAUUAUGGGCGAGCGAGAAGGAUCCGCGUGGAUCCGGAAGCUGGCCAGGCGUCAAGGAAAUUGACCGCGGAAUUACUUCGGGCCGAUAAAUGGCGGGUGCAAAAAACCGGCGAGUCGAUCUUUCCCCGCAUGCGCGCUCUGCGUAAUUAUUUUUCGCAACAUUGUUCUCCUCCUCCUCCUCCUCCUCUUCUUUUUUUUUUUUUUUUUUAUUCUUUUUUUUUUUCUCUCUUCUCGCCGCGUUUCCAAGAAUCGAAAAUCGCGUUUCACGACAUAUGUCACGGAACGUGAUUUUUAUUUGCACGUUUAUUACUUCUCUCGUCCUCGAUUCCACAAACACAUUGUUCCUUUCAAACAUAAUCGCGAGAGAAAAUCCUCCUUUUCCGUUUUUCCUCCUUCCUUUCCUAUUUUCUCUCUCUCUCUUUUCUUUUCUUUGACGGACGCACGUCAGUUUCCAUCGCGCGUGUUUUCGAGACAGGUUUUCAAAUUUUGCGCUAUCGCAAAACAAUCGCUCGAUUAAAAUUGUUUGGAAACGAGAAUAAAAAACGAGAUCGAACAUGCGGUUGUUGCGACAUGCGCUGGCUCGAAAUCGAAUGCGCGAUCGAGAUACGAGGAAGCUCCUCCGUUGGAGGACUCGUCGAGGAGGAAUCUCCUUCUUUUCCUGUUUCCCUCAAGGUUACCACCCGCCGAUAAUUCACUCUUCGUUUGUAUUCCGGCCGACUUUCUACUCCGCGAGCUGCAUUUCGUGUCCUCCGGCGAGUUUUUCGCACGUUUCUACACACAAGUACGUAUAUCGCGUAUGCGCAACGUUAUUCGUUAUUUCGAUCAGGUAGGAACGUUCAAACUCGACGGACGAGGCCGACACGUGAUACCUCUUGUUCCUUCCUUCCUUCCUUCCAUCCUUCCUUCCUUGCGUUUGUUUACGUUUUGAAGUCACGGUAACCCGAUACAAAGAGAGACCAUCGUACACAAUUCGCGCGUGCGCAAUUUAUUAUUUAGCAGAUUAGAAACUUUCAUAGGCCUUGAGAUUAUAGGCUCGAGAAUAAUUACGAAUAAUCACCGCGUGUAUCGUUCUUUUUCGCUAUUGAAAUUUUCCUUCCCCCCUCCUUUAUCUUUUAUCAAUUUCGAAUUUUAUCUUAGGAUAUAUCUUAGCACUGAAUAUAUAUAUAUAAAAUAAUCCACGAGAGAAGCGUAUACGACGUAUACGCGAUCGGCUGGAAACGAAAUUUAUUCGGAAUCUUUGUCAACGUUGGAAAAAGUUGAGGGAAUUAGAAUUAACAGUAUCGAAACGGUAUCUAGGAGGGCAUUAAUCGGAGGUCAUUCCCGCGAUUAAAUGGGAACUUGGAAUUUCAUUGGAAGUGGGACCAGAGGAGCGUAAGAGCGUUGUUAAUUUCCUGUGCUUUGUUCUUCGCGGCUGUGCCGCUUCGUUUCAUUUCCGUUCGCGAGCUCGAGACCGAUGAAAAAAGAAGGAGAAGAAGGAAGAAGAAAUCGUAUCGGAAAACCGGGGAUCGAGAAGGAAAAGAGUGAUUUCGAGUGCUCGAGAAUUCGUCCAAUUCCUCGCGAGUCUCACGAUUCGUCCAAACUACACGUCGCGUUCGCCGUCUCUAGGACAACUUCCUCCUCAAAGUUUUAUAAAUUUACGGAAUCCCUUCCACUUCCAUUGUCUCUCUCUUUCUCUUUCUCUCUCUCUCUCCCCUCCAUCCCCACUCGAGGAGGCCGGCUUCGUCCCCUUCCUCCUCCUCCUCCUCUGGGAGGGGAAUCUAUUUAAAGUGAACUUUGACGAAUGACCGAUCACAACGUUACCAUCCUCCCGUGGCAACAACACCCAGUCGAGAGCCGGAUCUGGACCUGAUCGAAGCGAGCGAGGACGAUCUUCAAUUCCUUGAACACGAAACGUUCAAACGUUUUUCUCUUUUUUUCCUUUUCUCGUCCACGUAAACGCUUUCACCGCGACGAUGAGGGGAACCAUUCUCGUUUUCGUAGCUCUGCUCGUAGUUGUCUGUGCAACCGAAGUUAAUCACUGUGGAACCGGGGAGAAGUUCGAGGAUCCGAAUCAGGUUAAGAUAACCGGCUGCGACGUACCACCGUGCAAACUGAAACGAAGGACGAAGGCGUCGGUCGAGCAAAAGUUCGUCCCGAAGCAAGAUGUCGAGUCUUUGGUUAACUCCGUGAACGCCGCUGUUCUUGGCGUACCGUUGCCGUUCGUCGGUGUAGAUGGGACCAGCGCGUGCGAUAACAUUUACAAUCUGGACGGAACUCCGGCUGGAUGCUCGUUGAAGAAAGACAUCGAGUACAUCUACAAGCGAGAGUUCCCCGUGUUGCAGAUUUAUCCCACGAUUUCCAUGGUUAUUCAUUACGCGUUGAUGGAAGGAAACAACACGGUCGCGUGCUUCGAAGUUCCAGCGAAGAUCACCAAUUGAGAGUGUCCCGUAUUUUUGUGGAGAAGAAGCGAUGAACGUGUUACCUCGGUAUAAGAAAAAUCUACGUACAACGCAAGAUGGGAGAGAAGCGUUCGCACGGGAAAGAAACGAUCUCCGUGGAUAGAACGAUUCUCACGUAGUCUUGUCUCACGAACGAGCUUAAUCAGUAUCAUAUAUAGUGUAAUGCGAGUAAUUGUAAUUUGUUAAUAAAAGCUUUUGUAUUUCUUUCGUCGCGA